AUGCUGCAGCUUCAUGGGAAAUACGUUGCCUCGUCGUUCAGUCUGGCUUUACGGGGCCGGUUCAAUCGCCGGGAUCCUCGUCUUUAUGGUUUGGAAGGGUCCAUCUUGAGCUCAAUCGCGUGCAUUCUGUCUGUUCGUAUAUGUCUUACAGUGUGCGUGCGGGAACUUUCCACGCCACCAGUGGCCGUCAUGGUUUCCAGGCGAGCACCAUUGUGUCGGUCAAGGAGCUGUCGGUGCUUGCAGGUGUCGAUGAGUACGGUGCGGCGCUGCUGGAGGCCUGGAGUGGCAAGGAGGAGGUGCUCAAGCUGGUCGGCGAGGUGACGGAGGCCUUUGAGAACAUGGCCAUGGUCAGCAAGGUCCUGCCCACCAGACUCCACGGCACCCGACCAAAGAACACACAGGUGGAAAGAGAAUGACACAAGCCCCUCAAUUUUGCCUAACAAUGUGUAUGUAUGUAUGCAGGGCGAUGACACACAUACUUACACGUAG